AUUCAACUAAUGCAACAGCAAGAUCAUUUUCAAAGAGGUAUAGAACUACCACGGACGAAAUAAAUGGAUUAAUGUUGGAAGUCUUCAAUAUUUAUUAUAGGGAAUAGUAAAUAUUUGAAGAUUAAUAGGUAUUUUCAGUAACGUCAAUUGAUGAAAGACUACAUGUACCUGAUAACCUAUCAAGUCUCAUGAUCUCAGAAGUUGAACGUCCAGUACAAUACUAGCAGCACCCUCCUCAAUUAUAUCUACACGUAACUUACAAGUGUGCCUUGUGUACUUCCUAGUAUAUAGUCAUUGCCUCAUAGACGGGUUCGGGGUUGCCUCGUCGAACAUUGCAGCACUCCAUCGCCUGGAAACAGGCACCAAGCAACUGUUGUGUUGUCAGGUAUCACCAACAACUAUUUGAUCAAGUUAAGAUUCUUUUAAAAUCUUAAUAAGUUCCCUCUCUAAUCCCUUUUGUGAACCAACCUCUUCGUUCUCUCUACAUCCCGAACCCACCUGUCUUCAGCCAUGACCGACACUAAACCCACAAUCUUGGUGUUCUGCUGCGGAGAACUAGAAGGCGGCCUUAAGAAGAUCAAGGAGAAGACCAAUAUUUACCAAGCCUCCUACUCAAAGCGCAAUGCCCCGGCAAAGCUUCUAAGUGAGCAUCCAUCAGCUCGGGCCAUCUGGAUCGUUGACCCUGAUAUUGCAACCCCAAAGUAUAAAGAUCUGUCCAGCAAAGUUGUCAACUAUGCCCGAAAUGGAGGAAUCGUUAUCCUGGGUGGUUUCUUCUCGACGGGCGUUGCUCCUACCGACUUCAACAAGUGGAUGAAAGACGUGUGGGACUUGCCUUGGCGAUAUGGCCAGUACGAGACAACUACAGUUGUCUUUCAGAGCUCUGCCGUUGGCCCUCGGAACUUCUGGCGGGACGGUCUAGCAGCUGCAUAUACUCAGAAAGGGGUUUUCCUCAAAAAUGUCCCUCCUGCCGACUCGUGGUAUGCUUCGCCCCCGGGAUCAACCAGCGAGUCUCGUGUUUUCGGUCCUGUCCCCAUCCAGGCCCAAACAUCUAUCGCAUUUGGCAGGGUUGGCAAGGGUUGGUUGGGAUGGACAGGCGAUAUCCAUAACCGAGAGGAGACUUCUGCCGCUGUGCGAGCAAUGAUGGGACUGAAUAUGAGAGAAGAGGAAGACCACUUACAUCUCCCUGGGCUUUUACACCAAAUGGUUUUGGAAGGAUAGACUGAGAAACUCGUUUAAGCCGAACGUGUUAUUGUCGGGGGCAAUCCUUUGGACUUUCAUUCUUGUAUGCCAAUGACACUAGGUAAUCAACCCACUGUGUAUUUCUAG